GGGCAGGCGCUCGGUGCUCCCGGGCUGGGUCCCAGUGCCCACGGCUACGCGGGUGGGACGGCAGCGGGGGGCCGCUCCGUGGCCGGGCGGGGCUGUCUGGAGGAGGGACCCGCAGCGGGCAGGCCCCCCCCCGGGCUCCGUCCCGGGCCUGGCGCCGUGCCCAGCAGGGCCGGGGGCCCCAUCCCGGGGCCGGGGGCGCGGGGCCCGUCUUCGCUGUACCGGCAGCGGGGCCGCUGGCGCGGGCCAGCCCCGGACACUUGGGCACGGCGCGGGGCGGGCCGGGGCGGAGAGGGGCGGCACGGCUCGGCUCGGCUCGGCUCAGCAGAGCUCGGCUCGGCUCAGCUGGACGCUCUCGCUCUGCGCUGCCGGAGCCGCGCAUCCCGCGGGGACCAGAGAGCCUGGCUGCCAUGGGGAGCUGCCGCACGUGGGCACCGCCGGAGCUGCUGGUGCUGAGCGUGUGGCUGUGGGUGAGCAGCGCCGGCCCCACGCACCCACCCGGCCCCGCGCUAAGGGUGCGCCUGGCUGGGUACCCACGCAAGCACAACGAGGGCCGCGUGGAGCUCUUCUACAACGACGAGUGGGGCACCAUCUGCGAUGACGACUUCACACUGGCCAAUGCACACGUGCUGUGCCGGCACCUCGGCUUCGUGGCUGCCACCGGCUGGGCCCACAGCGCCAAGUACGGCAAAGGAGUCGGGCGGAUCUGGCUGGACAAUGUGAAUUGUGCCGGAGGGGAGAAGAGCAUCGGGGACUGCAAACACCGGGGCUGGGGCAACAGCGACUGCAGCCAUGAGGAAGACGCGGGGGUCAUCUGCAAGGACGAGCGCAUCCCAGGCUUCAAGGACUCCAAUGUCAUCGAGAUGGAGCAGAGCCACGUGGAGGAGGUGCGGCUGCGGGCGGUGGUGGUCGGCGCCCGGCGGCAGCUCCCAGUGACAGAGGGCAUCGUGGAGGUGCGCUACAAGGACGGCUGGGCACAGAUCUGCGACGAGGGCUGGAGCAGCCACAACAGCCGCGUGGUCUGCGGCAUGCUGGGCUUCCCUGCCGAGAAGAAGGUCAACAGGAACUUCUACAAGCGGGUGAAGCGCGCAGCCGUGACAAGGGGCCGGAGGCUGAGGCCAGGCAGGAGGCUGGCCUCCAAAUCUCAGCCUAAACAAAAGCGCAGGGAGGACGUAGGGUCCAAGAAGAGGCUGUUCGCAGAGCGGCAGCAGCUCAGCUACCGGCUGCACUCGGUGUCGUGCGCGGGGACCGAGGGGCACCUCUCCAUGUGCGCCUUCGAGUUUUACCGCGGCAACGCCUCCGCCGCCUGCGGCGCGGGCAGCCCCGCCGUCGUCAGCUGCGUGCCCGGCCCGCAGUUCGCCGCCGGCAGCUCCCACAAGAAGAAGCAGCGGCAGCAGCAGCAGCAGCAGGGCCAGGUGAGCCCCCCACGGAUCCGGCUGAAGGGGGGUGCGAAGGUCGGGGAGGGCCGCGUCGAGGUGCUCAAGGGCAGUGAGUGGGGCACGAUCUGUGAUGACCGCUGGAACCUGCUGUCAGCCAGCGUGGUGUGCCGCGAGCUGGGCUUCGGCAGCGCCAAGGAGGCCCUCACCGGGGCGCGCAUGGGCCAAG